AGAAACCACACCAUCCUCUCUGGCUUCCUGCUCCUGGGCUUCUCCGAGCACCCACAGCAGUGGCCUCUUCUGUUGGGGCUCUUCCUAGUCAUGUACCUGGUCACCAUGCUGGGAAACCUGCUCAUCAUCCUGGCCAUUGGCUCGCACCCUCACCUCCACACCCCCAUGUACUUCUUCCUGGCCAACCUGUCCUUCGUCGAUACCUGCUUCACCUGCACCAUUGUCCCCAAGGUGCUGGUGAACAUCCACACUCAGGAUCACAGCAUCUCCUACACUGGGUGCCUCACUCAGAUGUACUUCUUCAUGGUGUUGGCCCUGCUGGAUGACUUCCUGCUGGCCGUGAUGGCUUAUGACCGCUACGUGGCCAUCUGCCUUCCUCUCCACUACACCACGGUCAUGGGUCCCCGUCGCUGCCUGCUGCUGGUGGCCGCAUCCUGGCUCUGCUCCAACGUGCUGGCCUCUUCACUCACACUCCUGAUGGCUCAGAUCUCCUUCUGUGCCUCUCAUUCCAUCCCACACUUCUUCUGUGACGUCCUCCCCCUCCUCAAGCUUGCCUGUUCGGACACCCAGACCUUUCACAUCAUAAUGUUCUCUGAAGCUGCCCUCUCAGGCGUGGUCCCUCUCACCUGUGUCCUGCUCUCGUAUGCCCACAUCGUGCACACGAUCCUCAGGAUCCCCUCUGCUGGAGGGAAGCACAAAGUCUUCUCCACCUGCGGCUCCCACCUGACAGUGGUCACUCUCUUCUACGGAACCGUCUUCCUGGUGUAUUUCCAGCCCUCAUCCUCCUACUCAGCAGGCACUGGAAUGGUGGCAUCCGUGGUGUACACAGUGGUCACCCCCAUGCUGAAUCCCUUUAUCUACAGUCUGAGGAACAAGGAUAUGAAGCAGGCUUUGGGGAGAUUCCUUGGUUUGAGAAAAAUGGUCUUCUCAGUAGGGACACAUCCCCGGGCUCUGUGA